AUGACAGUGAGCUUGUUCCGUUACAACGCGACUUUGGAAAGGUCCGCACAGAAGUGGAAGGAUUUUUUGUAUGGCAAGGGCCAUUAACUUUUGAAAGAUUGGUAGAUGAGGAUGAACAACCUAAAAAGAAAGCACCCGCAAAACGAAAACCAAAAUCUGUGGAUAAUGAGACGCCAAAAGUCCGUAAGAAGCGUACUGUCAAAAAGGCUGAUGCAAAUGGAAAUGAUGCAAAUGGAAAACCUACUACGAGUACAAAAAAAAGAGCAUCAAAGAAGGCGAUGAAGAGUGAAGUAAAAAAUGAAUCAUCUUCUGUAAACGGAAGUAACUUGACACACGGCAACACAAACAACACUUUUCAUGGAGAUUCGACGACAACGAAAAAUCAUCAGAGUUUACCCAACGUGAUUCUUAACAUAGAUACCAGCAACAAUCCUCAUGCACCAGAAAACCAGAAAACUUCAUUGGAUGCUAAUAAAACUCUAGGGAAAAGGAAGAAAACUUAUCCAACGGAAAGUGUACACUCAGAAGUGCAACAUCUUUUGGACGUUUUCAAGGAGCUUAUAGAAGCCGGUUCGUUAACUUUGAUGAUGAUGAAAG